AUGUUGCGCUGGCUAACACUCACGGCCCUCGCGCUUGGCUUUGGCCAAGCCAAGGCUUACCUGGCAGAGAAGCCUAGCGAGCUGGCAAAACCGGAGAUCUUCAAAGGCCAGGAUGACUUUGGCCUCGAUACUUUUGGGAUGUCUCUCUCCCAGUAUGGAACUGGCAAUGAGACGGCGGAGCUGGUAGAGCGACAGAAAAGAAAGUGUGAUCCAGGCUGGACCAUGUGCCCAGACGGCGUAUAUUGCACCAAGAUUGGCUAUUUUUGCUGCCCUAACAACAACGCUGUCGGCUGCGAGAAUGGUCAGACCUGCUGUCCUAUGGGCGGCUGCGCCAAAGUUGGGUUUGACUGCUGUCCUAACGUGAGAGGUGCUUGUCCCAAGGGAUCCAGCUGCUGUUCCGCGCCAUCACAGAGCUGCCAGCCCAUCGGCGGGUCAUGCUGCGGCACGGGUGCCUGCAAAGCAGGAGAGUCCUGCUGCAACGGCCAGGGCUGCGCGUCCGCGGGGAGUCAAUGCUGCGGGACCGGCCAGUGCCCCAAGUCCUCCAAGUGCUGCGUCGACGAGGACGGCGACUACUACUGCGCGGCCUCGUGCGUGCCGAGCCUCAUCUUCCCUUACGUCAAGGGCCUGCUCGACGAGGUCUACGAGAACAUGUGCCGCGGCGUCGCGGCCCACAGGUCGACCAACGACCCGCAGACGGCCAUCCUCACGCUCGACCCCAAGAGCGGCAAGGACCUCCGGAAGAACAAGGCCACGCGCCGCAAGGCUGCGCGCUGCACGGGCUCCGGCAAGAUUAAGUGCCCCAAGGGCUGGAGCUGCGACGAGUUCCCCUUUGCGUCGAGCAUCGAGGGCGGCAGCGGCGCGCAGGUUAUGUGCGUGCCGCGCUGGCACAACGACUGGCAGGGUACCUACUACAACUCGUGGCUCUCGGAGCAGAUUAACAGCGGCAAGCUGAGCCGCGGUGGCAAGUAUCGGGUCAAGCUGAAGUACAUCGACUGCUCGCAGUACACCAAGCGCGACGUUACUACGAGGGCCGACUCUAAUCCUGUGCUAAAGAGCGACGGAAAUGUAACCAUACUGGCCGAGUCCAUUUUUGGAAACUACUCCCAGGGCGGAAACGCAAUGUUUAUUGCCCUUACGGAGAAUGAGAACCAGCCUGGCCAGUACACGCUCGACUACAAGGUCUCCAAGGGUCAAUUGAUGUCUGGGGCGAUCGUAGAUGAUGAAGGAGAAACACUAGCUAAUCUUACCUCAACUACCUCGGACUCUUCGAGCAGCGUCUCAGUUGAUCUCGAGGACGACUAUGGCGACAUCACAUUCCUAGGCUGGACAAAAGACAGUGACGUGAAUGUCGAUUACAGUGUCAAGGUGUCGCCUUCCUCGCCUUCCACAACGCCGUCAUCUACCACCAGCCUGAGAGCCCCAACCUCUCCAGUACCUCCUCCAGCGUCCGGUUCAAACCCACCGGCUUCGUCUGCGUCCUUGGCAUCUGUGAACUUUCUGCUUUUUGUUGCCGGGGCUGUGUUAGUUUCAUUCUUGCAGAUUUGA